UAAUAACUAAUUCCUAAGGGUCCCAUGAUUUGAAAGCGCCAAUAAGAAAAACUGCUGUUUGUGUUAUGCUGUUUUAAUUACACACUGGAACACUGACUGAAAUUCGUAAGACGGGAAAUGUGAAAAGUCGGUUUUGGUUGGGUGAUAAGGUAAAAUAAAAAGGAUCCCACGUCCCCCGAAAAAAGGUCCCCCUAACUAUUGGUAAUGACUAAGGUAGCUGAACCCCCAAAGUCAUCUUCUUCUCCCAAAUUCAAGAUCACAAUGCCCAAAGCUAACCCCCUGCACCUGUGUCAUCUGUGUGGGUCCCACUUUGCUCAUCUCUUCGCCUACAAUCGUCACUUGCUCCGACAGCACUGGUUCGAGGCUCAGAAAGAUUUCAGCGAGGAGCAACUCAAGAACAAGAUGGACGGCCUAACAGAGAAGCAGUCCCAAAAACUUCGAGAACUUUACCAGAAACUAAAAGAGCGGAACUCGCCCACACCUCCCAAAAGAUCUCGACGAUCUAAGCCAGUUGCAGAGUCGGAACCUUAUAGUCGGAGCCCGCGGGUAUCAAAUCUAAAAGAGUACAAACUAGUAACAGUAGACGACAUGAGUGAGGCUUACAAAGACAAAUACCAUAACCCUGGGGGUUACACCAUCUUUCACUUCAAAGUGCCCAAGAAGAACGGACCGGUAGUUUCACCUCCGCUUACUGCUCUGAAAAAGACGUACCAGUCCAGUGACAAUAAGAUGUCACAGAAAACUGAGAAGAUCCCCAUCACCACAUCUUUACAACUGUCAACCUGGCAACAAAAAUCGUUCGAGAACCAUCUCUCCCGGGGUCUCUCCCGCCACUUGACCCACGGCAGCGGCCACAUGACUCCCUCGCGUAACGUGAUGUCAUCACAACCUCACGUGACGUCACCAGUUCUGACGUCACGUGGGUUCCAUCACGCGGGGUGCGGAAAAUGCAGAAAGAGGAAACACAGUGGGAACUGUGAUAGUAAGGACUGUGCGGGAGUCUCUGGUAUAACGAGUUACCCACAAACGUUACCUCUCAACUUCUCGUCACCCUUGGUCAGCUCCAACUUUAACUGUACUGAUAUUCUGAAGAAAAUAAUCCAUUCCCCGGAGACUAUAUGCAAACCUUCGAUAUCGGUAACAGUAGAAGACAAGGAGGCUAAGAUUGACGUUAUGAGUAUCGAUGUGACUCCCUCAACCUCCCUAACUCCAUCCCCCUCUUCGUCCCACUAUUCCGAUGUCAGUCCAUGUUCAUCGAAAUCAAGAGAUCGACAGACUUUGGACACAAAUCUGAUUAUAGAUCAGCUCCUGACGGAAGAUAUGACGGCGGCUCUGGCUCAGAUUGGUUUAGAAAUGGUUUAUUCUCACUUCAUUCAGCCGCCUUAGACUACAUGCAAUAGCAGAUGCAAUGCUUUAAAGUUAUUAACUUAUUUUCAAAUGUUUCAAUUCUGAGUUGGUUUGGCGUUUUAUCAAAUUUUGAAAGUGUGAAGUCUCUAAACAGCUGCAUUCUUGGUAAUCGAAUAUGGAUUAGAAUUUUAUUGCACACCGGACUUCUUAUUUAAUGAUGUCAAUCGAAGGUGGUUUUCAUCCGAUUUUUGAUUCUACUAUAGCAGCACAAACGGUUGCAGGUAAGAUACAAAUAAUAAUUUAAUAAACUUGGGUAUCUCAAUUAAAAGUUGAUACUUGGCAAUUAAUAUGAUUAUUUUAAAAGAUUGACCAAUUGAAAUUGGGCACUUACGGGAAUUAUCGAUGUCAGAGAUUAAAGAAUUUAAUUCAGGCAGUUUCCUUAUGCCGUAACUUAUUUUAAUUUAUGUCAUAUGCUGUCAAUUUUCUGAUGAUUCAGUACUAAAAUAUCCAAAUUUUACACAACUUUGAUAAGUACUCUAUUGGCUUUGAUAAGUGUUCUAUUAUAUUAUUAUGAAUUAAGUAAUGCCAUUUUGAGGCGAAUUCUUGUUACUGCUGCCUUGGUAACUGUUAUCACGCCAAAUUAUAAAACUGUCAAUGUAGCCGUGGCAGAAACAGUUACCAAGGCAACUGUUCAAUACAAUUUGAAAGUUUUAAUCUUUGAGGUUUUAUCAUUCUAUAAAAUUUUAUUUUGUAAAAGUUAGUUCUAUAGUGUGUGUGUUUUUCUAAUGAUAAGCUUAUAAGGCACUACGCUGUUUUAUAAAUGUUGAAUCAAAAUUAUUUUCCCUGCUCCAGAAUUGAUUUAGAUAUCAUAUUUUAUCUUCUGUCCCUAUUAUUCGCAUUUAAACUAAUUAAUUAACUGAUUGUUCAAAAAUAUAUACGGAUUCUUAAAAGAUGAAUUUGAUUAAAGAUGAAUAUUUUGGUAAUUAAUGUAAUGUAUUAGUAGUAAGUAGAAUGAAAAUAUUAAUGCUUACACUGCAUGAUGCGAUGAUUAGAUGAUAUUUAGGGGGUAUAUUAGUCUUUGCUAGUAAAGCAUUCCUGUUUCCUUUUAAGAGGUCACUAUUAUUGGAGAACAUUGGUGGCCGAUUGGUGGCUAAAAUAAAACCAAGCAAAAGAAAAUGGAAAUGUUUGAAAAAGUCUUCAACUAUGUUCAGGUCCAAUUGACCUUAUUUUGAGUGUUUCAAGUUUGAUGUUAAAGUUUAGUUUUUCUUACCCUCUUUAAGUUAUGAGAAUUCUUCUUUGAUAUCCAUUUUAUAUAA